GUAUGCAUCUUUCCAACACAUAAAUCUCGUUUGAGUUUACUCUAUCUUUAAAACGAACAAAUCCGAGAAUGUCCGAAUGCUAUAAAUAAAGUUUAUGACGUUUCAUCCUCUUUUCGUUUGGAUUUAUCGAGACAGAAGCUUGAUCGAGACAAACGUUAAAACGCAAUGACAACUCGAGCGACUGUUAACCAUUUCUACAGUCAGGAUGAUUGUCUGGGACUUGGAGCAACAUGUGAAGUGUUUAAAGGAAUAUCCAAGACUGGUGAGAUUCGAGCCCUCAAGGUGUUUGGGCUGCGAGCCGACCACGACAUGGAUCGUGAGAUCAAAGCUCUGCAGAAUCUCCGCCAUCCUAACAUCAUCAAGUUCUACGGGAUGGAAGAAGAGUUAGGGUCCAAGAAGUUGACUGUCAUAAUGGAGUUUUGUGAAGGAGGAAGUUUACUGGAUUUGUUAAACAAACCAGAGAAUGCUUAUGGAAUGGAUGAAGAUGAAUUUCUGCUGCUGCUCAAACAUAUGGUUGCUGGGAUAAAGCACUUCAGAAAGAAGGGCUUCAUCCAUCGUGACAUCAAACCGGCCAACAUUCUCCGCAGCAUCGCUGAUGAUGGGCAGUCCGUGUACAAGCUGUCAGACUUUGGAACAGCCCGACCGUUGGAUGAAGAUGAAUUUUUUCAGUCACUCGUUGGAACUGAAGAAUACCUGCACCCGGCUAUUUUCAAAGCUGCGUUCUUUGACCGAGAUCGCAAUCGUCAGUUCGACAUGUCUGCUGAUCUGUGGAGCCUGGGAGCAACCUUGUACCACUGUGCCACGGGCCGAGUCCCGUUCAGACCACACAGUGGCCGGGCAGACAAGGAGACCAUGUUUCUGAUGAUCUCGAAGAAACCUGAGGGUGUUAUUUCUGGAAUCCAGGCCAAGCAUCAUGGCGAGGUCAAAUGGUCACGUGACCUGCCAGACCUGUGUCCACUGUCAUUAUCUUUGAAGAAAUGUUUGACCAAGAUCCUGGCAUCUCUGCUGGAGACACACCCCAAAAAGCUGUAUACAUUUGAUGAGUUCUUCGUUGAGAUGGACGGCAUCUUGGAGAAAGAGUGUGUCACCGUUCUGACUACAACUACCACAAUAUCGCCAUUCUCCAGGAUUUAUAAAGACCCACAACAGAGCGUCCAGCACAUUCAGAAGGAGCUGGAGAAGGAGACUGCCAUCGCGGUGUGUGAUCAGAAGCUGUUCUGUGACGGUGUCAGUGUCUCUACCGAGCUCGAUCUGAGCGACGACGUCCGGCCCUUCACCAUGGCUCGACCAAUCAUCCUCAUUUCCAGCAAGUCAGAGGGUGCUGUAACCACUAGCAAUGACCCGUACAUGGCAGAAAUAUCAGAAAAUUCGGUCAGCUUCAUGUCUACCUGCCAGCCUGAACUCGACUUUAAAACUGCCAGACGGUGUCGGGACCACAUUGGUUUACUACAUCGACAGAUUCAGAGGCUGUCGGCCUGUCAACAACACAUUGUACAACUGAGACGUCAACUCAGAAGUAAUAUGAGAAACUGCAUAAAAGCCAAACAUUUGAAAGCUGAAUUUGUGAAAGGGAUUUUAACAGAUGUCUGUCGACUGAUUGAGAAAACUUUGGACCAAGAUAACUCCAUGAGGCCACAAGCUGUUGAUAAGUUGAUCAGUCAGAUACGCAGGGAACUGGACAUGUACAGUGAUGGCUGUGAACAGAAGUUCUUUGGAAGUCAGGACGGGAGUCUGGAAGAAAACAGCUGGUGUUUUGAAAGUGGAACAUGUGUCAGUAAGUUUGCCCGGUGGCUGGAUAUCGCCAAGUCUCUGUGUAGCCAGUUCAGUGACCGCAGGAAGAAAAGGCGUGUUUCCAGUCUCGACGAAAGAAUGACCAUCGUCGAAAAGAAACAGAUGAAGGAGCUGAUGGCCAAGUGUGUGUCUCACUGGACCGAUCACUGCUACAGCAAGACAAAGUUCCUUCUUGACAGUUUCCAUGUGUGGACAAGACACUAUUCUGAGGCGGAGGCUAGCUUGGAGAAAACCGAGGACCAUCUUGAAAAUGCUAAGACUUUGGUUAUACAGCUGGCAAGUCAGGUCAUUUCAAAAUCACCAAAUGAUGAAUCCAUAUCAUCACAGAAGUCUGUCUCCAGGAGAAACCAGGAAGCAAAGUCUAUCGAUUUGAUUGUGAACAAGUUGAUACAGGAAACAAAAGAUUCCAAAGAAGCAGCUCGGUCUAUGAGAGAGAGCUUGGACAGUUUGACAGAAGAGUUCGAAAACCUUGAAGUAUUUAACGCAAAUUAAACCAGUUGAUACAACUGACACCAUUUGAUGGAAGUGACUGUUACACCAUGUGACACAAACAACUUACAACCAACUUUACUGUUAUUUCAUGGAGUACUUGUGAAGUACUUUUGAAGUACAUGUGAAGCACAUUAACUAUAUUGUGAUAAACAUAGCUACUCGUAUUUAAAUUUUCUUAUACUUUUUGUUAGUCUUUUUAUUUGUUUGCAACAGUAUAGGUUGUAUAUAAUUAUGAAUUCAACAUAUUGAUUUAUUUGUAUAUUAUUUUUAUAUAACUGUUAUUUCUAUGGAAGUUGUUGGAGUAUAACAAUUGUUAUUAGCACAUCACAGAUUAAUUUUUAUUUUAUUUAUUGUAUCUAAUGACUCUAAAUGUAUGUACGUAUCUGUAUUUACCAGAUGUCAUAAUAAUCUUGUAUUUUGACACUAAAAUAUGUCAAAAUGUAAAAGUGCUGUGCCAGACCAUACACUAAAAUAUGUCAAAAUGUAAAAGUGCUGUGCCAGACCAUACACUAAAAUAUGUCA